UCUCACAAAUUUGGCUACCUAUUAUUGUUAACAUUUUAAAAUUAUUUUACAAAAUGUAUCGAUUUAAACCUUCAAUUAUUUAUAGAUCUUUAUACAAGUUAGAUUUUCACCCUUCACUUCGCCGCUAUGCAAAAGACGUAAGAUUUGGUCCAGAUGUACGUGCACUGAUGCUUCAGGGAGUUGAUAUCUUAGCUGAUGCAGUCGCUGUUACGAUGGGUCCUAAAGGACGCACUGUGAUAUUGGAACAACCGUAUGGCCCUCCUAAAAUAACUAAAGACGGUGUAACUGUAGCUAAAGGAAUAGAACUUGUGAAUAAAUUUCAAAAUGUUGGUGCAAAACUUGUUCAAAAUGUAGCACAUAAAACCAACGAAGAAGCAGGAGACGGGACAACAGCUGCAACAAUUUUAGCAAGAGCUAUUGCAAAAGAAGGGUUCCAGAGGAUAUCUAAGGGAGCGAACCCUAUUGAAAUCAGGAGAGGGAUUAUGACAGCGGUUGAGGCUAUAAAAGAAAGAUUAACACAAAUUUCAAGGCCAGUUGAUACUGCCGCUGAAAUAGAACAAGUUGCUAAAAUAUCAGCAAAUGGAGAUUCUUCCAUAGGAAAUUUAAUUUCAAACGCAAUGCAGAAAGUUGGCAAAGACGGCGUGAUCACUAUAAAAACAGGAAAAUCGGUAAACGAUAAAUUCGAAAUGAUUGAGGGUAUGAAGUUUAAUCGUGGUUAUAUUUCCCCUUACUUUAUAAAUUCCCACAGAGGACCUAAAGUAGAAUACAAUGAUGCAUACGUUCUUUUUUCGGAGAAAAAGAUUUUUCACCUUCACCAAAUAUUGCCCGCCAUAGAAAUAUCCAACUCUAAGAAGAAACCUUUAAUCAUUAUUGCCGAAGACCUUGACCCGGAACCCCUCUCCGUUUUAGUUGUUAAUAAAUUAAAAAUUGGCUUGCCAGUAGCAGCAGUCAAGGCACCAGGUUUUGGGCAGUUUAGAAAAGACACCUUGCUGGAUAUGGCUAUAGCCACUGGGGGAGUAGUAUUUGAGGACGAUACUAAUUUGAUAAGGCUGGAGGAUUGCGUACCUGAAAGUCUUGGAGAAGUUGGCGAAGUUAUUAUUACCAAAGAUUCCACACUGCUAUUGAAGGGUAAGGGUUUGAAACACCAGAUCGAUCAACGUAUUGAUGAAAUUAAUGCUGAAUUAGCAGAUACGACCAAGGAUUUUGAAAAAGAUCAACUAAUUGAACGUGUCUCGAGAUUAAAGGCUGGUGUUGCUGUGUUACAUAUCGGUGGUUGUAGCGAAGUGGAAGCAAACGAAAAGAAGGAUCGUGUAAAUGAUGCUCUUAAUGCCACACGUGCGGCUAUCUCUGAAGGUAUAGUUCCUGGUGGUGGUAUAGCGCUAAUACGUUGUAUACCAGCUUUAGAUAAAUUAAAGCCUGAAAAUAAUGAUCAAGCCAAGGGGAUCGAAAUAGUUAGAAAGGCUUUAACUGCACCCUGUGCUACAAUAGCCAACAAUGCUGGAUUUAACGGCGAAGAAGUAGUAAUUAAUGUCCUAGCACUUGAACAAGAAUUCGGAUUUGACGUCUUGAGUAAAGACUAUGUUAAUAUGUUUGCUAAAGGAAUCAUUGAUCCCACAAAAGUUGUUCGAAGGGCGUUAAUGGAUGCAAGUGGCGUUGCUUCUCUGUUGACAACGGCAGAAGCAGUGAUUUGCGAUUUGCCGAAAACCAAUUCAGAAGAAACUAACAUUGACUUGAAUGAGAAAUCGGACCUCAUGAUUAGAAGUAUGUAAACUUUUAGCCUCGUGUCUGUUUCACAACAAAACGGUUUGCUGUUUUAUCCUUACGUAUGUAAGUUUUGUCAAAUUUGGGCUAGAUGAAAUUAUUGGUCA